AUGUCGACCAGGACCCCCGUCACAACACCUCCGAUCGUCACAGGCCCCUCGGUGCGCAUCCCCUCCUCUCAUGAGUCUGGCGCAUUCCUUACCCCAGACGAACUCUCGCCCCUGGAUGCCGAUUUUGGCGCUUCCGACUACUUCAUGGCCGAGGACGAGCGGGGGGUUCACCCCCCGAUGUGCUACCCCCCCUUGACCGACCGCGACGACAGCAGUCUAUUACACUUGUCCAGCGAAAAUGGCGAUCACGAACGGGUCAACAACCAAACAUUGAUGGAGGAGAAUGAGAUGCGUCGGAAGCUGAUGGACAUGGAGUCAAGCUUUCUUCCCGAGCCCUCGACAAUCGAGGUUGCAACUACUGGGCCAACAGCUGGCGCAGACGAUACCUAUCUGGUUGGGGUUGGUGGUAGCCGCGAUCUCAACACAGACGGGCAAAACGAGUCAUCACAAUUCUCCUUCAUUCCACCAUCAGAAAGCUACCAGGAUGCAGAGGAUCAAACCGGCCCUGUUGAAACUGAAACGACUGAGCGCCAGGAUGUAGAUAGUGCCUCGGCCUACAAUACACAACAAACAGAAAAUGAGUCGACGUCUCAAAUUUCCCAAGCGGAGAACGAAUCGCAACUCACACCCUCAAAACUCGGGCAAAGCUCUCGCAGUAUCUCUCCCGGUCCAUCCAGACUAUUCAGCGAUCAGAGCGGUAGUAUCGCUAGUAGGAGGUCAAGUCGACCUAAAUACUUGACUAGCCGCCAGUCCGCCAAUCGAUUAUCGCACUCAUCGAUCGCAAGCAACAACACCGAAACUACACACAGCGAUGCGACACUGGGCGCCGAUUUUGCCCUCCAAUCCGGCGGCGCCACUCCUGAGAACUGGGGCAGUCUCAAUGCGGGAAGUCGUGCUCAUGUCACACGAACAACUAGUCUCGGCAGUAUGGCAUCUGGUGUAUCAGGCUACAGUGAAGAGAACCCUUUCGACAGACGCAAUGUGGCUGGGCCUGCAGAUGGUGGUCUGCAGACUUUGGAGGAGGAAGGCUCACCGCGAUCCUCAAGACAGACUGGCUUCGACGAAGGAGGUCCUGUAACUCCCAAGGCUAAAACCCAGAGCAGUUUCCCCAGCGAUACCGUGAUUGCGGAGCGUAUCAAAGGCAUCCAGGUGCCUAGUACUUUUGUCCAAAAGUUUCGCGAAGACUAUGGCAACACGGGUCCCUCGCCUGAAAAACGAGCGGGGGCUGCAACUCCUGCAUUCGGAAGAAGCGGCCGUAACAUGACCCUGAAGGAGCAAAGCAGCACCAUUGACCGUCUUUCGAAGGAGAACUUUGAUCUGAAAAUGCGAAUCCAUUUCCUCAAUGAAGCGCUCAACAAGCGGUCCGAGGAGGGUAUCAAGGAAAUGAUCUCUGAAAAUGUUGAACUCAAGUCCGACAAGCUGAAACUUCAGAAAGAUAACCAAGGUCUGCGGCGUAAAAUCCGUGACUUAGAAAAACAGAUGAAGGAUCAACAAUCUGAUAAGGACUCCAUGGUCAACCAUGACCCUGAGGCUUCAGAGGAUGACCGCGACUCGGCUCAAGAUGGAGAGAUUGUCUUCUUACGCGAGCGAGUUGAAACCUACGAAAUUGAGAUCGAACGCUUGAGAACAGAGAGCUUAGCCAGAGAAUCUGAAAAGCGACGCCUUGCAGAAAUGGUCAAGUCCCUGAAUGAGAACCGAACAGGAGGCUCUGAUGAUGCAGAUGCAAGGGAAGAAAGGGACAUGUGGAAAGACAUGUUGGAUGCAGAGACUGCGGCUCGUGAGCAAGCUGAAGAGGAGAAUCGUAAUCUCCGAGACGAAUCCAUUCGUCUUCGCAGUGAGAUCUAUUCAGCUACAGGCGUUCCAAAGUCAGGACAAUACGAACGAGGCGAAUCAUCCGUUUCACGACAAUCUAGCAGAGAAGGCAACCGCGGUGCAUUGAUAAGUACCUCUAGCAGUGCCUUGAUGGUCGAGCUUGAACUUCUCAAGCAGGAAAAUGCCGAGCUCAGGAAAGAGGUGAGCGCCCAAACCUCGAUGCUCACAUCUCGGAACCGCGAGAAGGAACGCCUCUACCAGGAAAUCGAGGAGUUGAAACUUGGUCAGCGACGAGACGGUGGUCGGUCUGUGGCCGGUGACAGCAUAUUUGACCGUUCCGCCUCUCGUGCCUAUGGACGACCAAUGUCGGAGCCCAGUGAUGCGACUGGUGUGUCCCGCGAAGACAUGGAUCGCGAGGAGCUUGAGGCUCGAAAUGGACAGCUACGUGACCAAUUGUCGACUCUCAAGCUUGAUAACCAGGCUAUUCGAGCUCAAUUAGAUGAGGUCGUUGGGGAACUCGAGGCUCUUGACAAGGCAUAUCAGGCCGAUGUCGAUCAGGCCGAGGAGGAAAUCCAAAAUAUCCAACAGGAGCGUGAUCAAGCAAUUCAGAUGGCAGAUGAACGCGAUGCUGCCUUCCAAGAUCUUCGUGCCGAAGCCCAAGAGGAACUGGAUACUCUUGGAGAGGAGCUGGAUCAAAAGAUUGUCGAGUGUCAACGUCUGAACGAAGACCUUCGAAACCAAGAUGAGAACCUUAAGGUCUUACAGGCAGAGAUGCGCUCGGCCAGUGAGGGUAUCAUUCGACUUGAGGAAGAUGCCCAGAACAACCUACAACGGUACAAGGCUGUUCAGCAGGAGUUGGAGGAAACCAACAGCGAGUUCGAGUCUCUCGAGAAGGGCUUAACGAGAUUGCGUUCCUCCGGGGAGGAGCAAGAGAGCGAUAAGAUUCGCAUUGGAGAUUUGGAAUCUGAGUUGAAGACCUACCACAUAAGCUUGCAUAGCGAGAAGGAGAAAACCAGGGAGCUCGAGCAACGUCUGGCAGAUGAAAGACACCAACGCGAGGUCGUUGGCAGCAAGGAGAAACAAGAGGUUCAGCGCAUCAUGAAUGAAUUGAAUCGGGAAGCGUCAUCAGCCAAAGAAGAGGCACGACGUUUGAAGAAGAGUCUUUCAACACAAGAAAUUGAAGCUAACACUUGGCGAGAACGAUUGACGGACCUUGAGAAUAACCUUCGUGAAACCCUGGGAGAUCUCAGUGGCAGUCGAACAAGCCUGAUUUCAAACAUCAUGAAGCUUCAAAAGGAACUUGAAUCCACCGCUCUCGAGUUGGAGAGCGUACGACAACAAUUGGACGAGAAAGAGACGGUUCUUCGUAACCGAGAUGCUCUUUUAGAAAGCCAUGGACUUGAGUCCCGCAAACUCUCUGAACUACUGGAACGUGAACGACAAGCUCGCAGGGCUGACAAGCAAUCCUUUGAACAAUCCCUCAAGUCUCAUCAGCAAGCAUCACGGACUAUCACCCAGAGCAACUCUCGCAUCACGGACCUGGAAAUCGCUAGGAAUCAAGAUCGCAAGCGUUUCACCUCUCUCGAACAGCAAUUCCGGGACCAGCUCAGUGAGCGCAACACAUUGUUCCUUACUGUCUGGAAGAGACUUUCCGCGCUCUGUGGUCCCGAUUGGGCUCAUUCAAAUAGUCUGAUCAAUGGCAACUUGCCAAGUCAAGAAGUCAUCGGCAAUAUCCUCUUUUGGCCUGGUUUCAAUCGGAAUCUGAUGCUUGCUAUCAAGACUGUCGAAGGGGUGAUUUCAGGUUUCAAGAGUCGCGCCAGAAGUAUCGAGCACGACUUGACCAAGCAGUACCACAACCUUGAAAGCGCUUUUGCCCAGCGAGUCCGCAGACUGGAACGGGUCGAGGAAGCUGUCAAGAAUCUGCGCAAUGGACGUGGUCAUUCAAGUUCGUCCCCGGAGAUAAGCAAAUUGCGUGGGGAAAACCGGCUUUUGAAAGCAGAGAUCAAUCUGCUUCAAUCUAAUUCUCGCGUCCAUGGAUCUUCAACUACUGCUGUACUCGCCUCCGGGUCUCGAUCUCCAUCGAUUGGUUCUCCCGCAGACCUUGAGCGUUCGUUGACGCGCCAGAACUCCACCUCAGGAGCCAGCGAGAAGCCGCGCCCUGAUAGAAGCAUCGCGCGCCACUCCACAGGCCUGCCGCAGCCCUCCCACUCCUCGUCAACUAGCACAUUGACCAACAAUGCUGGCGCGAUGACCCACCGUACACGCGGUAGCGGUGGGACGGGAAAUUGGGAAGGGGAUAACGAGAAAUGGAUUCACCGUCUGCAUGAACUCGAGAAGCGACUGAAAGCUGAGCGUGAAGGCCGUCUUCUCGACCGCAGUGGAGCACGUAAGCGAUUGGAAGAACGCGAUGCUGACAUCAAGAAUCUCCAAGAUCAAUUGCGACGAGAGCGCACCAGACUUCUUGGCUCCCAAAAGACCAUCACAGAGAAUGGACGCAAUCGCCCACAGACCUCCGAUGAAGCCCCGAGCUCGAGUGAAGGGGAGGGGUUUACGGUAGAUAUCGAAGUCUGA